GCAAUUUAUAUUCCCAUUAUUCCCUUCUCUCUCCUUUAUUCGAUUAUUAUUCGCUUAAAUCAAUCGCAAGAGAUCAGAGAGUUUUCUGAUUUGAAACGGCGCCGUGUUGAUCCAGUCGAUUUCAAUCUUUUCUCCGGUGGAAUUCUGGCACGGUCAAACAGCUCAGCUGCUGCGGAGGAGGAGAUUUGUGCUGCGUUUGUGUUGUAGAUUGGGAAUUUGAUUGUGGAAUGUUGUAUUUGAAGCAGCCGAACUCCCAAGUCUGGGGCUCAUUUGGUGAAUGAAACUUCCGGCGAGGGUUUCCGGUUGCGAUUUUUAGGGUUUGGAUUCGGUGCGCUGUGCAUGAUAUUCUGAUUCGGCCCUGAGCUUUGAGCUCGGGGAUCUUGAUUUUGGAAAUUAUAAGAAGAAAUGGCGUCGUCCGAAAAUGAGCCGGAACCGCCGCCGCCGCCGUCAUCACACGCCGGUGGAGGUGAGGAAGAAGAAGCUGUUACUGCUACUACUCCUCCUCAGCACGUAGAUAUGCAGAAGUUCAGGCUUUACGAGACUCGAUCGAACUUUUACAUGAUUGGGAGAGACAAGAGUAGAACAUACUGGAGGGUACUGAAAAUUGAUAGGUUGGAUCCGUGUGAGCUUAAUGUUCUUGAAGAUUCUACUACUUAUACCGAGCGUGAAUGCUCCGACCUGUUGAGGCGGGUACAUGAAGGGAACAAGGUCACUGGCGGAUUGAAGUUUGUCACUACUUGUUACGGCAUUAUUGGGUUUAUCAAAUUUCUGGGGCCGUAUUACAUGCUUCUUAUAACCAAAAGAAGAAAAAUUGGUGUCAUUCGUGGCCACGUGGUUUAUGCCAUAUCCAAAAGUGAAAUGAUCCCACUUCCAAAUUCUUCUGUUCGGUGCAGUAUAUCUGAUUCUGGAGAUGAAAACAGAUACAAGAAGCUCUUGUGCACAAUGGACCUCACCAAGGACUUCUUUUUCAGCUACUCAUACAAUGUAAUGCGUAGUCUUCAGAAGAACAUGUGUGAUCAUAAGAUGGGACAUGUCGUGUAUGAAACCAUGUUUGUGUGGAAUGAGUUCUUAACUCGGGGCGUAAGGAAUCAUCUACAAAAUAGUGCUUGGACAGUUGCAUUGGUUUAUGGUUUCUUUAGACAGGCCACUCUCUCUACCGUUGGACGUGAUUUCAAACUGACUCUCAUUGCAAGACGUUCACGUCACUAUGCAGGAACCAGGUAUCUAAAACGUGGUGUUAAUGAGAAGGGAAGAGUAGCUAAUGAUGUUGAGACUGAACAAAUAGUGUUCGAGGAUGUUCCUGAGGGCUUUCCUAUGCAAAUAAGCUCUGUUGUACAGAACCGUGGCUCAAUCCCUCUAUAUUGGUCACAAGAAACAUCGCGUUUAAACAUUAAACCAGAUAUAAUAUUGUCAAAGAAGGAUGAAAACUAUGAAGCCACUAGGCUUCAUUUUGAAAAUCUUGUCAAGAGAUAUGGGAACCCUAUCAUAAUUUUAAAUCUCAUCAAGACGCAGGAAAAGAGGCCUCGAGAGUCCAUUCUACGCACAGAGUUUGCUAAUGCAAUUGAUUUCAUAAAUAAAGAUCUGUCUGAGGAGAAUCGUCUCAGAUUCCUCCACUGGGAUUUGCACAAACAUUCACAAAGCAAAGCUAUAAAUGUUUUACUACUCCUGGGCAAGGUGGCUACAUAUGCCUUGAGUUUGACUGGGUUCUUCUAUUGUCAAGUUACACCAGAAAUGGGCUUGAUUGAUUGGCCUUCAUCCGAAAAUUUUGAAAAUGGUAUGUCUCCCCAAAGACAUUAUGCUAAUGGAGAGGAGGAUGUUGAUAGCAUAGCGGGGAAACCAACUGAAGAUGACAACGUUGGAAAUGGAGAUCAUUCUUCCAAACCAUCUACAUUCCAGAAGGGGGUGCUCAGGACCAAUUGCAUAGACUGCCUUGAUCGCACUAAUGUUGCACAGUAUGCAUAUGGGUUGGCUGCUCUAGGACACCAGCUUCAUGCUUUGGGACUUGUAGAGAAUCCCAAGAUAGACCUUGACGAUCCCUUGGCUGAUGAAUUGAUGGGAUUUUAUGAAAGAAUGGGGGAUACACUUGCACACCAGUAUGGUGGUUCAGCUGCUCACAAUAAGAUAUUUUCAGAAAGAAGAGGUCAGUGGAGAGCAGCAACUCAGUCUCAGGAAUUCUUCAGAACUCUUCAACGGUAUUACAGCAAUGCGUACAUGGAUGCACAGAAGCAAGAUGCAAUUAAUGUAUUUCUUGGGUACUUUCAACCGCAGCAAGAUAAACCUGCACUAUGGGAACUGAAUUCAGACCAGCAUUGCCAUGAUGGGAGGCAUGGGUCUAAAGACCUUGAUGAAGAUGGAUGGUCUAUAAUCAAGAGAUCAUAUUCUGAUGGAAACAUUCUAUGUCCAAAUAGCUCGCCUUUGUCAGCACCAAGUGUUAAGCAGGAGACUAACUAUCCAGUUUUGCCUAAUCAAAGUCAACAAAGCAAGAUGCUUUCAGAAUCUUCACCUGAAAUAUCAACUUGUGAGAGUGAUAUUGCUUAUUCAAGGUACACGCCCUUGAUGCCUCGCAGGCUACUUUUUGGAGAGUUGCAAAGACAUCGGUGUCUUGAAAGUGAUCAGAUUUACUAUUCUGAACACGGAGAUGGAUAUAAUUUCUCGAACUUUGUGGAUCUAGACUGGCUAUCUUCCUCUGGGAAUUCAUGCGAGGAGGAGCCGUUUGAGAGAUCGUCAUUACUCACCAACUCACCACUUGAGGGGCUGUCAUCCGAGAAUGUUGGCAACGGAAUAACAGGAGAUUCUACACCCUCCACAAGUGAAUAUGGGUCCAUCUUGAAGGGGAAAGGAACAGAAUUAUCCUUUAGUAAUGGAGAGAGUUCCAAAGUUCCUGAAGACUUCCCAGAUAGCUUUGCGAACUGGGUCAAUUAUGGAGAAACAAUCUGCCACUGAAGUUUGGAUCAUUUUUCCCCUGUAAUGCAUUAUCGGCUCUCUGUAGAUGGCACGUGAGGCUUAAAUGCUGAUCCAUGGAUGAGAAAUUAUGGUGAGUUAGCCAUGCCUGGAACAAAAAGAAAGCAAAAGCACUAGAAGGCAGUGUGGUGUUCGAUACAGCAUUGACUCGGUCGUAAGAAAUUUCAGUCGGGAACCAAUACCUAAGUAGAGAGUAAAUAGUCAACAGUUGAGAUUCUUUAGGAGCUCUUCCUCCGUUGGUUCUUGGACUCAAGAUCUAAUUCUUGUAAAUAUUUUGCUCUGUUGUUUGACACUCCACUUUAGAAUUCCAGGUCAUUGAUUCUUUAUAUACCUUCAUGCUUGUGAACAUUCAUAAAACUAACGAUGCGGGUACAUGUAUCCAAAAAUCUACUGUUGAUCAAAUUACUGGCCUUCAGUGUAAUAGGUGGAGUUAUUAUUGGUUAGGGAGAGUAUUUAGGAGUACCCAGAGCAAUAAAUAUACAGUAAUUCAUUCA